AUGGCAGAAGGAAUGGAUGGGUAGAUGGCUGGCUGAACGGGUGGGUAGAUGGCUGGCUGAAUGGGUGGGUAGAUGGCUGGCUGCAUGGGUGGGUAGAUGGCUGGCUGAAUGGGUGGGUAGAUGGCUGGCUGCAUGGGUGGGUAGAUGGCUGGCUGAAUGGGUGGGUAGAUGGCUGGCUGCAUGGGUGGGUAGAUGGCUGGCUGAAUGGGUGGGUAGAUGGCUGGCUGAAUGGGUGGGUAGAUGGCUGGCUGAAUGGGUGGGUAGAUGGCUGGCUGCAUGGGUGGGUAGAUGGCUGGCUGAAUGGGUGGGUAGAUGGCUGGCUGAAUGGGUGGGUAGAUGGCUGGCUGCAUGGGUGGGUAGAUGGCUGGCUGAAUGGGUGGGUAGAUGGCUGGCUGAAUGG